GACAUUGAAAAGGCCAGGGAACAUUACUUGGAGGCCAUUGACUGCGAUGCGUCAUCUGUUGAAGCGAUCUACAAUUUAGGUGACUGGGAUUCGCCGCUUUUAAUUAUCUUCCCAGUAAUUAACUGGGUGCCGCGGGAGAUGGAAAUCGGUGAAAGGUUUCCGGGGGUCAUUUUGAAUUUCUUACAUUACGGAUUUUGUGUAAUGCGAACAUUUAUUUUUUCAGGCUUGGCGAACAAGAAACUGGGACGAUUGGAAGAAUCUUUGGACGCGUUCUACAAACUGCAAGCGAUUUUGCGUAACCAUCCGCAAGUGCUGAUACAAAUUGCCUCUAUUUACGAGCAACUCGGCGACUUGUAUCAAGCUCUGGAAUGGUAUGUGCAAACCUUGAGUUUGGUUCCAUCUGAUCCACAUCUGAUGUUUCCGAACGCCGGGAGGCUGAAAGUGAACAUGGCAAACAUUUGCUACAAACUCGGGCAGUACAACAAAGCGUUGAAGUUGUAUCGCAUGGCCCUGGAUCAGGUUCCCAACACCCACAAGCAUAUGAGACUGAAUGUCAUGAGAAACAUCGGGAUCCUGUUCGUAAAAAUGGGCCAAUACAGUGAUGCUUGUACUUCUUUCGAGUACAUCAUGUCGGAGAAACCGGAUUACAAGACCGGGCUGGACUUGGUCGUCUGUUACUUUGCGUUGAGCGACAAGGACAGGAUGAAAUCUGGAUUGAUACGUUUGCUUGAAAUACCUUUGGAAGUCGACGACGAGGAAGAAAAAUACACCGCAUCUUCGGAUGACAUACAAGGACAGUUGAUCGUAGAAGUCGUGAAGAACGACACGCUGCGUAAAAUCGAAAGAGCGAGGCGUCAAGAAGCGGAGAGAUCCAUACUAACUGCAGCAAAGCUAAUUUCGCCAGUGAUUGAAGAAACCUUUACCGAUGGCUACAACUGGUGCGUGGAGGCAAUUAAAAGUUCAGUACACGCGGAUCUUGCCAAUGACUUGGAGAUCAACAAGGCUGUCAUGUACUUGCGACAGCGCGAAUUUCCGGCUGCGGUUGAAACUUUGAAGGCAUUCGAAAAGAAGGAGACUAAAGUUGCUUCGACUGCGGCGACAAAUUUAUCCUUUUUGUAUUUCUUGCAAAACGAAUUGGAUCAAGCGGAAAAGUAUGCUGAGGAUGGGCACAAGGUGGAUAGUUACAAUCCUGGAGCACUGGUCAAUUUGGGGAACGUGUGUUUUCUUAAAGGAGACAUUGAAAAGGCCAGGGAACAUUACUUGGAGGCCAUUGACUGCGAUGCGUCAUCUGUUGAAGCGAUCUACAAUUUAGGUGACUGGGAUUCGCCGCUUUUAAUUAUGUUCCCAGUAAUUAACUGGGUGCCGCGGGAGAUGGAAAUCGGUGAAAGGUUUCCGGGGGUCAUUUUGAAUUUCUUACAUGUAUUUUGGUACGGAUUUUCUGUAAUGCGAACAUUUUUAUUUAUUUCAGGCUUGGCGAACAAGAAACUGGGACGAUUGGAAGAAUCUUUGGACGCGUUCUAUAAACUGCAAGCGAUUUUGCGUAACCAUCCGCAAGUGCUGAUACAAAUUGCCUCGAUUUACGAGCAACUCGGCGACUUGUAUCAAGCUCUGGAAUGGUAUGUGCAAACCUUGAGUUUGGUUCCAUCUGAUCCACAUCUGUUGCAGAAGCUCGGGGAAAUUUGCGAUGCGCAGUCAGAUCGUCAACAAGCUUUUCAGUACCAUUUUGAUUCGUACCGGUAUUACCCAUCAAACAUUCAAGUUCUGGACUGGCUCGGGAGCUACUACAUAGAGCAUCAAGUACCGGAAAAGGCUGUAAAGUACUUCGAGCGAGCAGCUUUGAUUCAGCCGGAUGACGUAAAAUGGCUGCUGAUGGUGGCUUCGUGUCACCGAAGAGCUGGAAACUAUCAGACAGCGUUGAUGACUUACAAAAACAUCCACUUCAGGUUCCCGGAAAACAUCGAAUGCUUGAAAUUCCUGGUGAGAUUGUGCAGUGAUUUGGGACUGAAAGAAGCUCAGGAGUAUAUUGUUGAGCUGAAGAAGGCCGAGAAGGCGAAGGAGCUGAAAGAGCAACGAGCUAAUAGUGGCACAACACGACCUGGUUCGCGUUAUGGAAGUGGCCGUUCAAUGUCAAGACUCGGCUCAGCCGCAAGUGCAGACAUGAUCAUGAGUAGAGCCCAUUCGAGCACAGCGGUGGGUUCCAGAGGCACGAAUGUUCCCCCGAGGACACCUUCCGCUCAUUCGCUUGGAUCAGCUGUCCCGAGUGCCCGUCCAUUGACUCGUCUAUCUUUGGCUGAUAUGGACAAUGCCGACAGAGGAUAUCCCUCGUCUCAUCGGGAAAUCGAUGCCGAUUACGUCGAUCCAAUCGGACCCGCUCCGGAAAGACCGAAAACAUCGAAUAAGAAAAAGGACGAUGAGGACUUCGCUGAUGAAGUACUUGGAGAUGAUCUCCUCCCAGUUUAAUUGCCGCUGGCGGAAACUCGAGGAAAAAUGCUGAUGAUGCUGCACAGUUGUGCCUCGUUUAAUGGACGAUGCCUCUCUAUGUCAAGUUCAUCAUCCGAAAAGUCACUGCUGAUGAAAAAGCUUUACAGAAUGGCGAAUUAUGUUCCGGAUCCCCGAAUUGUCCCUCAUUUGAAAUGGCUUAUUCGCGCUACAGCCCUUGGAGAUGUCUUUGAUGCAUUUUCUAAUUUGAAUGCAAUCGCAGAAAUACGUAGAGACAAAAAAAUUAGCAACGCAAUUUUUUGCCAUCAGUUAUCUGAAACAGGAUGUAGUCGACUGUCCGAAGCACACGAAAAACAUCCAUAGUCAUUUAUGUGAGAAGGCGUCUAUUAUCCGGGGUGCCAACGAACAAGAGGGGAAAAAACUGCACAAACAAUUUUGGAUGUGAUGUUCGCAACGUAUCUAGUCCACUUGGUUUUUUGUGUGUGCACGAAAUGAAAGCUUUCUAGAUUUUAUUGAUUGAUCUCCGUCCAUUUACGAAUAUUGUAAUCCUCUGUGAUGUACGUGAGAAGUAUAGAAAUGUUGAACGGA